CCAGGUGUGUCGCAUUGACCACCUACAUCCAGCCUCAUGGUGAAGGACACACACAUACAGAGAGCCAGUGUUCAAUGACAAUGCAGUCCUGAUGGUGUCCUCCUGAUGCUGCAGGCUGCUGCAGCUUAUUACUCUCACUUUAUUUCAGAAAAAAACGACUUAAAACAGUCCUGAAUCCUGAUCACAUGAAACUGUGAGAACACUCAUCAGGAUUCAUUUUACGCAACACAAAACGUGCUCCUGAAAAAAGGAUGAUCCACGUUCAUCCUCCACCACUACACCAUCAUCAUCAUCACCAGCGAGUAACAAACCAGCAGGCUCAGGUUUGUCUGAUGCAUCCUAGUAGAUAGUAGAGAGAGCACCUCCUCCUCCUCCUCCUCCUCCUCCUCCACUAUCUCGUAGUAAAACACGCUCCGCCAUGAAAACGCGCAGCAGAGUGGCACAUCUCCAAUACGCAGUGUGCGUCUCCUCCUGUCCUCCUGCUGCUGCUGCUGCUGCUGCUGGCUGCGAGAUCUGCUGUCGUCUGUGAAAACCACCUCACACACACACACAGAGAGAGAGAGAGAGAAGAGAAGAGAAGAGAGAAGAGACGCUGCUCCAUCACAACUGCGGAUAUUUAAAACCCUGCAACAUUUCCUCUGUUUUAAUCUUCAAGGAGUGCACCUUUUAUUUAACCAAAUCUGUCGCUUUUUCGAGUAGUUGGAGCAGCAAGAGACGAGCAAGGUGACAAUGGUGCGACCAGCAGGAUGAUGAUGAUGCGGGUUUUGUUGUUUUCUGCGCUUUGACUUUUUGUUUUUGCGUAAUGGGUCUCUUUGUUGGAUCAGUCACUGAGAACUCCUGCAGAGGUUUAUUUUGCAUAUUUGCACACUUUCUGUUAUGGUAACCAUCUGGUGGCUCGUCCAGUCCUCACCUCUCUCCUCCUCUCAUCAUCCUCUUCUGCAGCAACGCGUCUCUAAUUGGAGCGAGGAGCAUCUUAAUUGAUGGAGAUCACCAACACCGGACACUAAACCUCUCCAGUUACACCGUUUACCAGCAGGCGGACACACACAACCCUCUCUGCGCGUCCGUGGAUGUUAUUGUUCUUUAUUGUUCCACUGCUGUGUUUUUUUGUCGUUUUACACCUUGAGUGACAAUGCCGGUGAACGCGCUGCACCGCGGCGGUGGCGGAGGCCUUGGCGGAGGUGGCCCGGGGUCCCUGAGCCCCGCGUCGCUGUCCCGCAGCCUGUCCCGGCUCAGGGAGUACCGGACCCGGACCAGGAUCAUGCUGGCGCUGGGAGUCUCUCAGAUGGUCCUGGGGAGCCUCAUCUUGGCCGUCAGCUUCGCAGCUCUGGCUCUCACCACAUCACCCAGAGUCCGGCACUCAUGUCCCUUCUGGGCAGGUUUCUCUGUGCUGCUCUCUGGACUGAUCGGCGUGGUGUCAUGGAAGAGGCCGCUCUCUCUGGUGAUCACAUUCUUCAUGCUGCUGUCAGCGGUGUGUGUGAUGCUCAACCUGGCGGGCUCCAUCCUCUCCUGCCAGAACGCUCAGCUGGUCAACUCUCUGGAGGACUGUCAGCUGUGUGGAUGUGUGUUCUCCCCUCCUCCCCCCCAGCUCAAGUUUGACAGCGAUGGAGUGUGUGUGUGCUGCGAGCUGCAGCAGCAGAGUUCGAGCUGCAACAACCUGGGAGAGACGCUGAAGCUGAAUCCACUGAGGGACUGCAACACCAUACGCCUCCGUCUCAAGGAGCUGCUGUUCAGCGUAUGCGCCCUCAACGUCAUCUCCACCAUUGUGUGUGCUCUCGCCACCGCCAUGUGCUGUAUGCAGAUGGUCUCGACUGAUGUGCUGCAGAUGUUUAUGCCGCACAGAGCGCGAGCCCUAAAUGCCGACUGUAUGACCCCCCAUGGAACCAUCCUCCACCAAACACUGGACUUUGAUGAGUUUAUUCCUCCCAUUCCCCCACCGCCGUACUACCCCCCAGAGUACACCUGCACCCCCUCAAUGGAUGGACAGAGAGGCCUGCACCUGGACUUCCCCCAUUCUCCCUUCAGUGCCAUCUAUGGGGUUCCCAUCAACAGCCCAGGGACGCUGUACCCAACUGACCUGCCUCCUCCGUAUGAGUCUGUGGUGGGACAGACUCCUGCCAGCCAGGUCACCACCAGCAUAGAGCAGCCGGCCACUGAGUCCAGUCUGUGUGAGAGAAACACUGCAGGAUUCAGCACUCAGGCCUCGGUGGACAGUGCGUCACUGAUGGUGUCAGAGGUGGCUGAUCAGGACCAGACUUGCUCCUCAGAGGACUUGUGCUCCCUGGAGGUCCAGGGCUCUGACUCCUCUCCCUACGGCAUGCUCCACACCGCCCCCAUCGACGGCAGCUGCACCAGCCUGGAACUUUGUACACGUGACCAUCGUGGCCUGCCUAACAGUGACGCUCGCCCCAGUGAUACGGGUUAUAGCGAGUCCUCACACACCCAGGAGUCUCUGGAGCGCUCUCCGGACUGGUCCUCAGAAAACUUUAGCAAUCUGGACCAGGAGGAUUCUGCGGAGAACACGCAUCCGUGUGAGGAACUCAGGGCUUCGAUGCACAUAUGUGACGAGCUCGCGUCAGCCAAACAUUUACCAGAGGAGCCACCUAAAGCGUCAACACACUCCCUCAUUAAGGCACGAAUGAUGAGCCGGAAGCUCACGCUCCCCGUCACCCUCCCCCCGCCGCCUCAGCCUUGCUCCCCCACCUCCGUGGCCUCCUCUGGUGGAACUUCAGCCAUCAGUCCCAUGGCUCCUUCUCCUUCCCCCUCCCCUCCCAGCAGGCCACGCGGCCCCAGGCUGUGUUUCAGCGUUUGGUCGCCCUCCUCCACAUCGCAACCCCCCUCUACCUCAGCCCAGAGUGGCCACUCGCCCUCAGAGAGGCCUCGGGUGCACCGAGCGGCCAGGAGGUACCGCAAACUGGCACGCAUAGUCCGUUCCACCAGCGACCCCAUCUCCUGCUCUUCUACUACAGGAAGGGAAAAUAGUGGCUGCGCCUCUGCAAAUAACCCUGCUGCUGAAGAUUCAACUCAUACAUCACCUGAGCAAGGGUCAACAGACGUUACAACAGGCGUAGUCGGAGCUAAACCCGGUCACAUAAGCGCCAGGAAGCAGCAAAAGGAGGGCAGGAAAGUUGACAUCCACGUUAAACCCCGUGCCCUGCACACUACACACUCCUCCCACGAACGCCCACACUCCCUGGCCGACUUUAAGAUGUACAAAGACACCAAAGUACUGGUGGCCAAGUUCCUGGAGCAUUCGAGCUGCAGCCUACCUCCUGAAGUCCAGCAGGUCGUCAACAACAUCAAGUGUGUCAUCAAAUCGGAUGAGAAACACAUGGAGGAGGCCAUUUUUAGUGCCAACGUCAUAGAUCAGGUGAUGACCCAGAGCAUCAUUGGCAGUCCCAGGAAGCGUUGCCACGAGGAUCUUCACCUCCAGAGCUGCGGUGCUUUGAGUUCGUCCCCUUCCAUGCGCCGUCCAAAACACCUCCCACAAACAACCAGCGCCUCCACCCACCCACUGGACUCCCCCUCCUCUGAACAAAGCCUUGAGUGCAAAGAAACUAUUCUCUGACCACUCUCCCAACGAGGACUCGGGUCAAAGCUCUGAGACAUUUCAGGGCGCUGGUGUUGCAGCCGCGCUGUGCUGUGCUGUGCAGCAGACGUCUGUAGAGUGAUGAGUAACUCUUCCAGCAUUGAAAGAUCAUUUAUUUUCACAAUGUGACUGCAGCACGGGCAAACUGAAAUGGUCUCAUACUGUAUCUCCUAGUGCCCUGUGAGACCGUGCCAAGUCAUCAGCAGAAAUGGUAGCAAACUCAGACUGAGCCUGCCAGCGUCUGUAAUGGCUUCUUUCUCAUCAGAAAAACAAAAGAAUGUUUCUCCCUCAGGGGACCUUUUCUACAGAGUUUCAUCUCUUAAAAAAGAAACAAACACGCAGCUGGUAAGUUUGGAUCUGUGACUCAAAGACAAAGGAGAUUGUGUUAUCAGUAUUCCUCUUGUCCUCGUAAGGAACAGGAAGAAAUAUGUUUGUAUUAAACUGAACUGACCAGACUGGGCUUUACUAGCCAUUGUUUGCAGACUUUGUGGAACUGUUACUGAUCGGGUGGUGAAUAUUUUGUGGUGUCGCUGGUUCAAGAACAUCACAGAACGGGAUUAUUUAACUUACCUCAUUGUGUUACAAUUCUUAUCAGUGUUACAAUAAAAUAUGAGUUUGUAUCUUG